AUGUCGCAUCGACAUGGUUUUAGAGGCAUUCCACAUUCCUUCGCGCGUCGUAACAGAGAAGAACAGUCACAGUCAUCUCCAUCCCAACGUGGAAUGGCACACAAUCGAAGACCUCCUGGGCUAAGAGGAAAAGAAAUAGGAUUAUAUUACAGAAACAAAAAUAGAGAGAGACAAAAGGAGACUUCAAUGCUCAAAUUUUCACAUGAAGUACAGCAAAGAAUUGAAGCUAUAUUGAACAAGUCCAAGAGCUUUUAUGAUUCAUUUUCUCAUGAAAAUUCCAACCUUGGACAUGACAAAUAUCAUAAAAUUCAUGAUAUUCAAUUUAAAAGAAAAUUUUUAAACAUUGUAUAUGGUGAUAUGCAGGAAAACAUUGCCAAAGCUAUGAAUUUGACAUCAAAGUUGCAAAGAAAUAGUAACUUGGAUAAAAUAUUACAAGAUGAAUACAAAGAAAAGCAAAGUCAGAAUGAUUAUCAAAAUAUGUUGGCAUUUCGAUCAAAAUUACCAGCAUAUAAAAAAAAAUCAGAAAUAUUGCAGUUGAUUGAAGAUAAUCAAGUUGUUGUUAUUAGUGGGGAAACUGGCUGUGGUAAAACUACACAAGUCGCACAAUUCAUAUUGGAUGAUGAAUUGGAAACUGGAAAUGGUAGCAUUACUCGAAUAGUUUGCACACAGCCUAGAAGAAUCUCAGCUAUUUCUGUUGCCGAGCGAGUAGCUGCAGAAAGAGCAGAGAAGCUUGGAAAAUCUGUUGGUUAUCAAAUACGACUUGAAAAAAUUUCCUCACGCGAACAAGGAAGCAUAUUGUUUUGUACUACUGGUAUAUUAUUGCAAUUUAUGAAGAUUGAUCCAGCAUUAAAAAGUUUCUCUCAUGUAAUACUGGAUGAAAUUCACGAGCGUACCACGGAAAGUGAUUUUGUUAUUACAUUAUUAAAACAAGUUAUUCCAAAAAGAACAGAUUUGAAAGUUCUUUUGAUGAGUGCAACAUUGAAUGCCGAAAGCUUUUCAAAAUAUUAUAACAAUUGUCCAAUGUUACACAUACCAGGAUUCACCUUUCCUGUAAAGGAAUUUUAUUUAGAAGAUAUUUUGUCACUUUUAGAUCAUAAAUUUCCUGAGCCACCACCAGAACCUACAGGCUACAGGAAACAUUUGAAAAGAUACAAAGAACAACAACAUAAGAAAGAAGAAUUCUUAGAUGUAAUACAACCUUAUGUUAGACAACUUAUAGCUGAAAAGAAACAUGACAUACGUGUUAUUCAGCAAUUACGGAAUCCGCUUAGUGAAGAUCUUUCAUUGAUUCUAAUAGAAAAACUAGUUAGAUAUAUUUGUAAUACGAAAGAUCCUGGAGCUAUUCUUAUUUUUUUACCUGGUAUGAUGGAUAUAUCAAACUUGUGUAAAAUGAUGUUAGGGCCUGAUUAUCCAAGUGACAAAUACAUCAUUUAUCCUCUUCAUUCACGCAUGCCUACAGUUGAUCAGAAACUUAUAUUUAGAGAACCUCCUCGUGGCGUUCGUAAAAUAAUUAUUGCAACUUCAAUCGCUGAAACGUCAAUAACUAUAGAAGAUGUUGUGUAUGUAAUAGAUAGCGGAAGAACAAAGUUCGGAAAAUUUGAUGUGGAAAAAAAUAUUCAGACUUUAGAGCCUGAAUGGGUAUCCUUAGCUAAUGCUAAGCAAAGACGUGGUAGAGCUGGCAGAGUUAAAAGUGGGGAGUGCUAUCAUAUGUAUACAAAAGCUCGAGAAAUGACAUUUGCUCAAUAUCCAUUGCCAGAGAUGUUGAGAACACGCUUAGAGGAGGUAAUUUUGCAAAUAAAAAUUUUGCAGCUGGGAAAAGUCAAACAGUUUCUAGCUACUGUCAUGGAUCCGCCAGAUUUAAAAGCUAUUCAUCUGUCUCUCAAUUUACUUGAAACACUUAAUGCUCUUGAUGAACAUGAGAAUUUGACUCCUUUGGGUUAUCAUUUAGCACAUUUACCACUUGAUCCCAGAACAGGAAAAAUGAUCCUAUGGGGUGCAUUGUUCUCUUGUGCCGAGCCAAUAUUUGCUAUUGCUGCUAGUCUCACAUUUAAAGAUGCUUUUUAUUGUCCACUGGGGAAAGAAGAAAUAGCUAAUAGUAAAAAGCUGGAACUUAGCAUGGAACAAUUUAGUGAUCAUGUUGCUCUCGCGGAAGCUCUAAGAAGAUAUGAAGCUACACGUCAAAGAGGAAAUGCUCGCCAGUUUUGUCGAGAUUAUUUCUUGUCUUUUAAUACACUGAAACUUCUUUCCGAAAUGAAAACGCAAUUUGCUCAAUAUUUAUGCGAGAUGAAAUUUCUGGAUAGCGAAAAUCCGAGUGAUAAAAAUGCCAACAUAAAUUCGGAUAACAUAGCGUUAAUAAAAGCCAUUGUCUGCGCAGGAUUAUAUCCUAAUGUAGCUGUUGUAAGGAAAAUUACUAAAAAUGGACCAAUUGCUUGGACGCCGGAAGAUGGUAGCGUACGUAUACAUCCGUCGAGCGUAAACAGCAAAGUUCCCUCAUUUCCUAGUCAGUACUUGACAUACUUCACGAAACAGCGUUCUACUGCGAUAUUUUUACAUGACACUACAUGUAUAAGUGUACCAAUGUUAUUGUUUGCCGGACAGAAUAUGUCGAUAAGGCGAGAAAGAGGAUAUUAUGUAAUUAAUACAUUGAAUUUUUCGGAAAAUAUUAUUUGUGAAUCGAACACUGCGGAAAUGAUACAGGAACUUCAACGUGCUCUAAAUAGUUUACUGGAAUAUAAGAUUACGAAUCCAGCAAUGGUAUCUUGGUCAACUUUCGAAGGAGAUUUGUUAAAUGCAAUCAUCCAACUGGUAUCUCAGACAAAUCAAGAAAUGGGUUUUGAUAAUAUGCGCGAAAAUGCAUCUUUGGACGAAGAUUCUACUGAUGAAUAUUGAUUAAUUGUUCAUUAAUAUAUUAUAAAUAUUAAUUUAUUCAAUGGCUUUGAUAUUAUUGUUCCGAAAUAUAAAUAAUGUCGAAAAAUUUAUUCUAAAAAAGCUGUUUCUCAUCGAUUUUUAGCUUUCGUAAAAUAUUACUUUUAUUAUCAAAUAGCAUACAAGCAAAUAUAAAUGUACCAAA